AAAAAACCUUCUCCAUUUCUUCCAUUCCCCAAAAAUCAGAAAUGGCAACUGGUUCUUCUCGUCCUCCCCAGAAAACCUACGAUCUCGAAAUCACCAUCGUCUCCGCCAAGCAUCUGAAAAAUGUCAAUUGGCAUCACGGCGAUCUCAAGCCCUAUGUUAUCUUUUGGGUCGACCCGGAUCAACGUCGCGCCACACAAGCUGAUGAUUCCGGCAAUACCCGACCCGUUUGGAACGAACGAUUCGUCCUCCAUCUUCCCCAAUCUCAAUCUCCUCCUCACGAUGCUGUUCUUACUCUUGAGAUCUUCCAUUCAAAACCAUCGGAAACUCCCAAACCUUUAGUCGGUACACUUAGGGUUCCGUUGAAGGAACUGGUUAACGUCGACGAUUACAACAAAAUCAGAACUUUUGAGCUCCGGCGACCUUCCGGUCGUCCUCAUGGUAAGAUCCGACUCAAGCUUGCUAUUCGUGAAUUAUCUCCAACCCUAGAUUACCAAAUACCCCCUCCUUCUAGCUAUUAUUACUCUACUGCCCCUCCUCCUCCUCCCCCUUCCUAUAGAACAUUUCCUUCUUCCCCAUACCCCUCACACCCUCAUCCUCCUCCGUCGCAUGUAGUGGCACCGCCGCCACCUGCUUCUCCAUCACCACCACCUCCUCCUCCGCAGCAACAUUCUUUUCCUUACAGUGGAUUCUCUGAUCCUUACUCUACUUACUUCCCUGGGUAUUACUCUCAACCUCCCCCUCCUCCACGACCAUUUGUAGAGCGGCAAUCUAGCUAUGGCAGUUUGGGUUCGAGGCCAAGCGCCCCUGUUGAUUAUUAUCCUCCUUACGAUCAGAAGCGUAGUGGGAAAAUAGGGAUGGGGGUAGGCACCGGAUUGGCGGUUGGAGCAGUGGCUGGUACACUUGGAGGAUUGACAUUGGGGGAAGGAUUGAAGUAUGAAGAAGCCAAGAUUGCAGAGAGAGUUGAAAACAACACAUCAGCCAGGGAUGAUUACAGCAAUUACAGUGAAUAUUGAUGCUGAUGUUUCUUACUGGAUGAAGUUCUCUACACUAAUGGGUAAUCAAUCUUGUGUUGUUUUUAAUGUUUGAAGAAGGUGUAUUUUGUAUAUAAAGCUUGUUCAUUUUCAAUGGAUUACUCCUCUAAUGAUAUAUGAUGAAUUAUGUUAAUUCAGCUGUUUUUGAGUUUCUUCUAUGAA